AUGGCCACCACAACAACACCGACCUACCUGGACCUCGCAGCCCAAAAGCGCGCGGAGCAACUCGCCUUAAUUCCAGCCGAAUGGCGUCUUUCUUCAGUCCCAUCCGUGGAAUCGACGCCCGAUGCACUCGUUUACCUCCGAAGCAUCCUCUCCGCAAGAGAACUACUCCUCACAGAGGAAACAGAUAUAACAGUGCUUCUGCGCAACCUGUCAUCCGGCGAGCUCUCCUCGCUGGAAUUAACGACUGCAUUCGCAAAGCGCGCAGCCCUAGCCCACCAAUUAACCACCUGCUGCACGGAGAUCUUCUUUGAAGAAGCGCUCGCCACGGCGAAGCGGAUGGAUGCUCAUUUAGCUAAGACUGGAUCGACGGUUGGUCCUUUGCAUGGACUGCCUGUUUCGAUUAAGGAUUUAUUUUCUGUUAAGGGUGUCGAUACUUCUAUCGGCUGGGUCGGACUAACAAACAACCCCUCCGCAACCGACAAAUCCGUCGCCCAAACCCUCCGCCGCCUCGGCGCAGUCCUAUACGUAAAAACAAACCUCCCUCAAUCAAUGAUGAUGUCCGACUCAUACAACCACGUCUUCGGCCAAUGCGUGAACCCACUGAACCGCACUCUGAUUUCCGGCGGGAGCUCUGGCGGCGAGGCCUCGCUUGUUGCGGCUCGGGGUAGUCCGCUCGGCAUUGGUACGGAUUUGGGAGGCUCGAUUCGAAUCCCGGCUACGAGUAUUGAGAGGUAUAUGGAGGUUCUGCCGUGUGCUUCGCCUUGGGAAUUAGAUCAACAUACUGCGCCCGUUCCGUGGCGGAGGAGUCUGGCUUCGUUGAAGGCGAAGAGACUGCGCAUUGGCUUUGUGGUAGAUGAUGGUGUUGUCAAAGUUCAACCUCCGAUCGCGAGGGCGGUUCGGGAUGUUAUUGAUGCGUUGAGGGCGGCUGGGCAUGAAGUCUUUGAAUGGGAUGCGUCCUCUCAUGCAUACGCCUACUCCUUAUGGGAGAAGGCUAUCUUCUCUGAUGGAGGCGAGGGAUGUCGCAGGAAGAUCGAGAUGACGGGUGAGCCUCUGGUUGAGGGGAUGUUGGUUGGAACUCCAGAUCAUAUCUUGUCUACCUCGGAGACGCAUCAGUUGAAUGCGGAUAAGUAUCUCUAUGAGAGUAGCUACCUCGAUCGCUGGACUACAUCCGGCAUCGACGCACUUAUUAUGCCGACAACUCCUGGGGUGGGAUACAAGCCCUGGACAUGGGUGAAAUCCAGCGCAUAUGUGGGCUACACCAGUAUCUGGAAUUUACUCGGAUACGCGGCCUUGUCUGUGCCCAUCACAAAUGUUUCUCGCGAACAGGAUAUGCCGGAUCAAGAAUGGUUGGACCAUGUGCCUAGAAAUUCUGGCGACAGGUUUAAUAAGGAGCAGUAUGAUAUCAACCUAGUCGAAGGCAUGCCGGUCGGCGUACAAGUCGUAGGCGGCCGUUUCGGCGAGGAGAAAUGCGUCGCUGUCGCCAAGGCCAUUGAACAAGCCAUGCGAUGGAAAGAUACUGCCCGACCCAGUCUCUGA